CUGCAGGAGCAGCAGCGGCAGCAGGGGGUGGGGUGGGGAGGAUUAGGUGACAGUCCCCUACCCAGCCCGGAACUAACACCUCCGCUUACUCCCUCUCCCAACCUCAACGCUCAGAAUAACCCCGAGGACCGGACGGCGGGAUGGCGGGGGCUCUGCUGGGUGCCCUGCUCCUCCUGGAGCUCCUCGGUGGAGGUGACGGCAAGAACGAAGAGCUACGUCUCUACCACCAUCUUUUCGACAACUAUGACCCAGAACGCCGGCCGGUGAAGGAGCCUGAAGACACUGUCACCGUCACCCUCAAGGUCACCCUGACCAACCUGAUCUCACUAAACGAGAAAGAGGAGACCCUCACCACCAGCGUCUGGAUUGGAGUCGACUGGCAGGAUUACAGACUCAACUUCAGUAAGGACGACUUCGGGGGCAUAGAAACCUUGCGGGUCCCUUCGGAGCUCGUGUGGCUGCCUGAGAUCGUGCUGGAAAACAACAUCGACGGCCAGUUCGGCGUGGCCUACGACGCCAACGUGCUGGUCUACGAGGGCGGCUACCUGAGCUGGCUGCCCCCGGCCAUCUACCGCAGCAGCUGCGCCGUGGAGGUCACCUACUUCCCCUUCGACUGGCAGAACUGCUCGCUCGUCUUCCGCUCGCAGACGUACAACGCCGGAGAGGUGGAGUUCGUCUUCGGCGUGGAUGAGGAGGGCGAGACCAUCAGCAACAUCGACAUCGACACCGAGGCGUACACUGAGAACGGCGAAUGGGCCAUCGAUUUCUGCCCCGGACUGAUCCAUCACCACGGGGGCUCCGCGGACGACCCGGGGGGCAUUGACGUCGUCUACACGCUCAUCAUCCGCCGGAAGCCACUCUUCUACACAAUCAACAUCAUCGUGCCCUGCGUGCUCAUCUCGGGCCUGGUGCUGCUCGCCUACUUCCUGCCGGCGCAGGCCGGCGGCCAGAAGUGCACCGUGUCCAUCAACGUCCUGCUGGCGCAGACCGUCUUCUUGUUCCUGAUCGCCCAGAAAACCCCCGAGACGUCGCUGAGCGUGCCGAUGCUGGGCAGGUACCUCAUCUUCGUCAUGGUGGUCGCCACGAUCAUCGUCGUGAAUUGCGUCAUCGUGCUCAACUUGUCACUGCGGACGCCCACCACGCACGCCGCGUCUCCGCGGCUGCGCCACGUCCUGCUGGAGCUGCUGCCUCGCCUCCUGGGCUCCCGUGCGCCGCCCGAGCCCCCCCGGGCCGCCUCGCCGCCCCGGCGCGCGUCGUCGGUGGGCCUGCUGCUCCGCGCCGAGGAGCUGAUACUGAAAAAGCCGCGGAGCGAGCUCGUGUUUGAGGGGCAGAGGCACCGGCAUGGGCCCUGGACCGCCGCCCUCUGCCAGAGCCUGGGCGCCGCCGCCCCCGAGGUCCGCUGCUGCGUGGACGCCGUGAACUUCGUGGCCGAGAGCACGCGAGACCAGGAGGCCUCCGGCGAGGUGCGGCAGGCACGGGAGGGCGGGGCGGGUGCUGGCUCGGGGGAGGCCCCUUCCCGGCCCCAGCCGGUGCCUGCUCCCUCCCCAGGAGGUGUCCGACUGGGUGCGCAUGGGGAAGGCCCUCGACAACGUCUGCUUCUGGGCCGCCCUGGUGCUCUUCGGCGUGGGGUCCAGCCUCAUCUUUCUGGGGGGCUACUUCAAUCAAGUGCCCGAGCUGCCCUACCCGCCGUGUAUGUAGACGGCUCUUCCACCGCCUCCGGGAGGAAACCGGGCGUGAAAAAACCAAGUUGCGGUCGCUGCCGUAGUGGGAUUCUUUCCCAAUGCCGAUAAUAAACCCGGGCCUUUCCGUCUC